UUCUGGCUGCCUGUUGGUAAUUUAUCGUUUGCGGACGGCUGUCUUGCGCCACCCGUGCCCCCACAUCCACGCUCACGCAAAAACGCACAUCCAAGCGAGUCACACACAUACACACACAUUCCACCGGUGACUCUGUAGUCAUCGCUUUGCUUCCAGAUACCGACGUGCUUUUGGAUUUAGCAGCCGGUGCGUCCUUUCAGCGAUGGUGUAAGGAGCUGCCAGAGGCAACUGGAGUUAAUGUGAGACCACUUAUACAGAGAUGUUAGCAUCAACUCUACAAUGAUGGGGAUUUAAAGGAGGGGUCCACCUGAAAACUAAAAGGGACAGAGCCCCGAGGCUCUGGAACGACCUGCACAAGGAAAUCAGAGUCUGUAGCUCUCUGCUCAGGGACAGUCUUCUGCAGCCCUUCUGUGAUCACAGGCCUACCUGGCAUUUCUCAUCCAUAUCCUUCUUCUUUCCAUUCACCCAUCUUUCCCCGUUAUGAAAGGCCUGUCCAGUAGCCGGGGUCACCAUCAUGUGGUCUCCUAUGAACCAUCAUAUGAUCCACUGGGUCACCAUGUUGACCGCAAGCCAUAUUUGAUCAGUCAGAUGGACAUGCCUGUGCCCAUUCCCAUGCCACAUCCAGCUGAGCUGCCCUACUACAAUGCUCAGCGUACCUCAUACCCCUCUGACAGCAACAGCAUCGUCCCAUAUGGAACCUUCCCCAGGAGGUGCCACUCUACCUCCUCAUCUCACCAUCCUGAGGUAAAGGAUGAGUGUAUGGCCAUGGUACCAUAUGUAGGAGGAGGAGGAGGAGGUGGUGGUGGAGGAGGAGGAGGUGGAGGAGGCUAUGGGGGUAAAACACCCACUCGGGUACCAGCAAACUUUGUGGACCCGUUUGAACGUCAGCCAUCAUUUUCCAGAGAUGGCUACCAUACAUUGCAAUACAAACGAGGGGUGCAGGCCCACAGUGGGGGGAUGGGGGCCAACAACAACAAUGACAGUCCAGGGAGAAUUCGCCAUCUUGUCCACUCAGUCCAGAAACUCUUCACCAAGUCACAUUCAUUGGAAGGGCCACACCACACACAGUCCUCCAAGGGGGCCAAUAAUGGGAGUGUUAAUGGUGGUGGUGGUGGUGGCGGUGGAGGAGGUGGUGGUGGUGGCUCGAGGGCCAGCCCAGAAGGUGAAACUCCACCAGUGGGAGUGCGCCAUCGGAAACGCAGUAAGAGCCGUGAGCGCUGUAGAUCAGCAGAGCCCAAGCAUCGAAGCCACCACCACCACCACCACCAGCUCCACGGCUCAGCAUCUGCUCCAGGCUCUGGAUACUGGAGCUCAGAUGACAACCUGGAACGGGAGCUGUGUCUCUACCACCCUCACCACCACCAACCUCCACCCUCACCCUCCCCCUCCAUUUCCCCCUCGCCUAUUGCCAUGACAAUAAGCCGGUAUCCCGGCAACAACCCAGACAAGUUCCCCCAGACUCCCCUCCCCAGUCUCUCCUCCUCGCAGUCCCAGCAGUACUUCAUGAUGGACCCUUACGGCACACUAAACGAGCACACACACACCCAUGCACACCAUGGCCACACACACCACCAUUCUGCACUCAAAGCCUCCCGGAGCAACAACGAUGUGAAGUAUGCAGCGUCGACAGCAUGUGUGCCAAUUAGUGGUAGCAGCAAUAACAGCGGUGGCGGUAUCGGUGGAGGAAGUGGCUCCUUGCUUCCAGUGGGUCUUGUGGACGGGCCCCUUGUGAAGAAAGGGCCAUGGUCAUCAAGCCUAACGGUGAGCAGGGCCCGAGAGGUCUACACCAACAACAGCAGCCACAACCAGCCACGAGCCAGCGCAGGAUCCGGUAACCUAAACCUAGAUAGAGCUCUAGUCAAAUCUAAGGGCAGUCAGCAGCAGGAGCGCGCUUGCCAUUUCUUACAGGUACCUCAGGAUGAAUGGAGCAGCUUCUCUCCUCUAGGGAAGGAAGAUGACAUCCCCUGUCGGAGGAUGAGAAGCGGCAGCUAUGUGAAAGCCAUGGCUGAGGAUGACAGCGGAGAUUCUGAUGGAAGUCCCAAGCCCUCUCCCAAGAUCCAAGCUCGGCGGGCCAGCUACCUGAAAGCCACACAGCCAUCACUGACUGAGAUGACCACUCUACAGAUUUCAGCUGAGCACUCCCCCAAACUUCAGAUCAGGAGCCACAGUUACCUGCGUGCGGUGAGUGAGGUUUCAAUCAAUAGAAGCCUGGACACCCUGGACCCCAAAACCCUCCUCGAUCCCAAAUCACUGCUGUCCUCACCCCAAUACCGCUCACGCAAUGAAAGCUACAUGAGAGCCAUGAGCACCAUCAGUCAGCUGAGUGAGGUGGAAGUAAAUGGGCAGAUUGAGCAGGUGUGUGAGCAGGUGUACAGUGAGAUGCAGUCUCAGGCCAUGGAGGCUGCCAUGGACAGCAUGGACACCAUGGACACACUGCCUAUGCCGGGAUGCUUCCGGAUGCGGAGCCACAGCUAUGUAAGAGCGAUUGACCAGGGCUGUGGGGAGGAGGAAGGAGAAGGAGGGAGACCACUGCUUCUGUUACCGUCCUCCCCACCACGUACAUCUGCAACCACCGUCAGGACCAUCCAGAGCAGCACAGUUUCAUCUUGCAUCACCACUUACAAGAAAACUCCUCCUCCAGUGCCACCCAGAACUUCAACCUGCUCCACAGCCUCCAAGCCAUACAUCUCCAUUACAGCCCAGAGCAGCACAGAGUCUGCACAGGAUGCCUACAUGGAAGAAGAGGGACCUAGAGGCGACAUGACCAUCCAAUCAGGGCUCAGUAACUCCACAGAAAGCAUUGACAGCAUGAAGGCCUUGACAGCUGCCAUAGAAGCUGCUAAUGCUCAGGUCCACGGACCAGCCAGUCAGCAUGUCAACAAUAGUACCAUGACAGUCAACACCACCAUCCCCUCAAUCCUGAGCAGGGGGCAAGUAGUUGAAGACCACCGGGAUGAUUAUAGGAAAGAUGCGUUCAGGAAGGGAAAAUGUCUCUCCAUAGGCAUCCAGGUUGACGGACCAGAGGAUGUUCCGGAUCCAGAGGACCCCUCCAAGUUCACCUCUGUAGGUGUGCAAGUGGAAGAUGACAGAGGGUAUCGUCGGUUCCAGCGCUCCAAUAGUGUGACAGCAGCUGUGCAGGCAGAUCUGGACAUGCCAGACCUACUAGACACACCUAUAAACUCCCCGGACACUGACAUGGAAAUGCUGUCAUCUCGUGCCAUCCCUCGGCAAUAUUCCCGCGAUGCCACCGCUUCCACCGUCAGCAUCCAGGGCUCAGGGAACCACUACCAUGCCUGUGCCUCUGAUGACUAUGAGGAUGUGGGCUUUGACCCAUCCAUCCUUCCCCCUCCAGACCCAUGGAUAGACAGUGUAACAGAUGACCAACUUGAUGUCAGUUUCAACAGUUCUGCUAUACUGGAGGUGGUGCAGAGAUCAGUUUGCCAGAGAGACGGACGGUGGUUUCUGAAGCUGCUGCAGGCUGAAACCGACCGCAUGGAAGGCUGGUGUCGACAGAUGGAACUCGACCAGCGGGAGAAUGACCUGCCUGAAGACAUCCUAGAGAAGAUGAGAAGUGCUAUGGGAAGUGCUCAGCUUCUGAUGUCCCAGAAGUUUGAGCAGUUCAGGGAGCUGUGUGAGGAGAACCUGAACCCCAAAGCCCACCCUCGUCCAGUAGCCUCAGAUCUGGCCGGUUUUUGGGAUAUGCUUCAGUUGUCAAUCGAGAACAUAAGCCUCAAAUUUGAUGAGCUUCACCAGCUCAGAGCCAACAACUGGCGGCCCUUGGAUCCCCCAGACAGAAAGGAGAGGCGGCUCCCACCUCCAGUGCCAAAAAAGCCACCCAAGGGCCCCCAUCAUCACCCCCCUCUGGCCAGAGACCGCUCACUGGAAAGCUCAGAGAAACAGCGGCAGGAGGCCAGGAAGCGCCUGAUGGCCGCCAAGAGAGCAGCAUCUGUACGACAAAACUCAGCUACAGAGAGCGCUGACAGCAUCGAGAUCUACAUCCCUGAGGCUCAGACAAGGCUAUGAGGACACUGCCAGAGCCACACAGGGUUGACACGCAGUACACACCAUUCACACAGAACACAACAAAUGUAUGGUUGUCCACACAAAGGAAAAGGGUUUAGACGCAUCUGGAUAUAUUAUUUCAUUAUGCACAAUGCACUCUGAGGAUAAAUAGAGCUGGAACAUUGAUGGAACAUGUGCCCUUUCCCAAUGCUCACCUGUCUCCUGACUGGUUUAGUUACCUGUAAAUGUAACCAUGCUUCCUCUGGAUCCAAACUCAUGGUCCACAUGGUCCAAACUCGGUCAUGUUUAAACAUUCUUUAGAGCAGCUACAUGGCAGACACCCCAAAAUUGGUUUUAAAAUUUCAGGUUAUAUUCAUCAGUUUUCACAGAGUGAGUGUAUAGUAGGGAACACUCUCCUGACUGGAGUUUCACAGGUGUGAUCUAUCUCAUAAUCAGGUGUUGAACCAUAACACGAGUUUGACUGAACAAGUUUACAUAUCUACAGAGGAAGCAGGUCUUCUUCCACGCGGUAUAGCACGUUCAUGCACUGUCUAUAAAUGAGUGGCUGUGCUUUCCAGGUCACAAAAAUGAAAUCAGCCAACCUAAUCUUUAGCUCCACUAGACUCGUGUUCAAAAUGUGUCAACUCCUCUCAUUAAAUCCCUUAAAUAAAUUUCUCCAAAAGUUAUCAUGGUAUAUUAGCUAAUUUUAUCACUUUUGAAAGGACUUGCUGAAUCAGGUAGUUCAUAUUAGGCCUCACACAGACACUUGCUCAAAUACGAUCACUCCUGACUCCAAAGUAACAAAGGUGGUGAUUGGUUUCAUAAGGGUAGCCCAAAAUCCAGUGGGUGAAGUAACUGUGGUUAUGCUGUUUGUUGCCAUGUUGCAUUGCAAUAGUAACCAGGGACAGAAAAACUCAUUCUAGCACCUUUUAUGUUUUUUACUUGUGUUUUUGUAGCCUCUGUAGAUCCCACACAGGAGACGGGAAGGCAUGGGGUCAGAUCCCUGAAAUCUGCACUGCUAAAUGGUGACGCUAUGAAAUCCAAACGUUCAUUCUUUUAAUUGUUUGGGGUUAUCAGCUGAACAGAUUUGGUCAGAUCAUACAGGUGUCUUUUAAAUGCCUUUUUAACUUGUACAAAUGAGUACUGCACAGAAGUGAUGGACAAUCUUACAUAAACACACAGAAGUAAUAAUAAUCUUGUGUGACAUGAAAAUACUUCACAUGCCACUCAUACAUAAUGAACACAUGAGUGCUCACAGGCAAUUUCUUUGGUCUUGUGGCUGAAUGAACACUGCAGACUGGUGUCGUAUAAAACAGCGUAUCACUCCCCCCUCUGGAGAAUGCCAUGAUCACGAUUGUUCAUCUUCCUCUCCAUCUCCACGUAAUUAUCAACUAGUAUUUCCUUCCUCGUAAAAAUGACUGAAAUGGUUUAAGAAGAUCUCUGUUAUUUUGCAAAUUUCAAUACAAUUUUAUAGUUUGGACAUCCUUCAGUGGACAAAGUAGCAGUUUAACAGCUCCAGUACUAGUCAGAGACACUGCUAACACAAGCCUUCAGACAACUGGAGCUUUUCCAUAUUUGAGUUGUUUCAAGCCUGUCUGACAUGGUUGCUCUGUCUCUGCAGUUCAAUGCUGUGCUGACCAAAACAACAACAAAAAAACCAACUUAUAAAUAAACAGAAUUUUAUUUUAAUGCUUCUUGUGUAAGCAGAAAGCCUUCACAUGAAUUAUUAAGUGCUCAUACUGUCAGAAAGGCAGCAGUGUGUCAUAAAAGUGUUUGUAUCACCACCUGUGCACAGGUUUGCAAAUCCUCCCUUUCUUUGGUUUGACUUUAGUUUGUUUCUCCUUGUUGGCUUUCAAGGUGAUUUGUCUUUUACCAGGUACUGAAACAGUGUUGGGCAGAGUGCAUUGAUGGUGCUGAGAGAGAUACAGUACAUACAGUUGUGGUCAGACGUUUACUGACACUCAUCAUGGGCAUGAAUAUCACAGUAAUUUGGGGCUUUUACUCAUUUCUUUUAACUGUUCUUUUUCCAGGGUGGCCCGUGCCACAUACAUCUUUAAUGGACUUAAAAAACAAGUUUGAGUUUAUUUUGGAUUUUCUUUCAUCCACACAGGGUCAAAAUUACACAUGCAACCUCAAACGCGUACUCCUACGUGUUAUUUGGUUAAAUGUCCCCUUAGCAAGCUGCACCUCGACCAGACGCUUUUGGUACUCAUAAACAAUGUUUGAUGAUGUUUGAGUACUGCUCUUGGCAGAAUUGGAAAAGUUCAUUUAAAUGAGUUAGUCAGUUAGUCCACACAUUUACAGUAGGGUUCGAGUCCAGGGAUUUGGGAAGACCAUUCCAGAAUCUUAAUGUUUUCCUGCUUUAUCUAUUCCAAAAAGUUUUGAUUUGUGUUUGGGAUCAUUGUCUUUUUUUCACCCAUCUAGCUGUUGGUUCGAGUUGAAGUUGAAGGGUUUGGAGGUUGUCCUCCAUUAUUCCAUCCACUUUGUGCAAUGUACCACUGGCAGCAUGAUGCUGCCACCACCAUGCUUAACAGCUGGUACAGUGUUAUUAACGCUGCAAGCAUCACCUUUACUCCUCCAAGCGUAGCUCUCGUUAUUGUGGCCAGAUUGCUCAGCUAAUGUCUCCCUGGCCACGUUCACCAGAAGGUUUUCCAUUUGGGCAACUGCAAAUUUCAGUCAAGCUUGAAGGUUUCAAUUUUGGAGCGUAGACUUUGUUCUUGGUCAGUAGCCUUUGAUCCCCAGCUAUUUAAAACACACUUUACCAUGGACAGUGACGCUGGUGUUCCAGCAGUUUACAGCUCAUGCCAGGCUUGAGCCUGAGUGGUUCCUGGGUUGUUCCUGAACAUCCUGAGUAAUUUCCUCUCAUUUGAGGGUGAAGGUGGUAACACAUCUGAAUAACUUGUACUCAUGUACAGUUGUUUGAACUGAUAAUUUGGAAACUGUAGUGGUUUAGAAAUAGUUUUAACAGAUUUUCCAACUUGUAUAAAUUUAUAAUUCUCCUUAGAUCUUCACUGAGUUCCUUAGACUUUACCAUUGCUCUAACUAUUCAUCAAUCCAGUAGGUGCUGGAAAAUAAUGUUUAUGCUUCAAAGAACAACUACCACUGUCAGACAUGAUCACUAAUGAGAAGUUGAUAUGUAAGUGGACGGGUUCUUAUAUAGCACUUUUCUACUCUACUUGAACACUUAAAGCACUUUAUACAACUUACCACAUCAUCUACGUCUACAUACAAGUGAUUUCUAUGUUACAUUCAUACACACAUUAGACAGCAUCAGACAGCAUCCUGCCCAAGGAUACUUAGACAUGAGAUUGGAGUAGCCAGGGAUUGAACCACCACCCUUCCAAUCAGUACCAUGAACCUGUCUGGAUUAGAGAAAACAAAAAAAUCAAAAUAAAUUCAAACUUGUGCACUCAAUUCUUUUUUUAGUUUUCUAAAAUAAUUCCGGAAAAGAAAGAACAGUAGAAAAAAGAAAGAAUUGUGAUCAUGAAAAGCUCGAAAUUUCCAUUACAUUUAUGCCCAUGAGGAGUUUAUGCAAACUUCUAACCUCAACUGUAACAGAUGACCUUGCCAUGAUUUGAAGCUGAAGUAAAGCCACAGUAGUUAUGCACUAAAAGUGUUCAGCUGAUCACCCUUUACGUUUGUUUACAUUCACUGAGGUAAAAUACUGAAAUUUAUUUGGGUUAAAACUAAUAAUGACAUUGAUAUAAGCUUACCUGAGCCGUUCAAAAAUGUAUCAUACGUUUUUGGACAGAAGGGGCUCAAAAUUUAGUUUUCAGUAGCCAUCCAGUGAUAGCCAUACAUAUUUUAAUUUAACCACAACUAUUAUCUUUUCCUAAAAUAGCCAAGUAGCUAAGUAGGUUUAGUGCCUGGUCAAACAGUGAGUGAAAACAAAGUUCAAGUGUAUGACUAAUAGAAAAAUUUGACAGCCAGUGAUCUUGUGUGGGAUGUUAACGCUCUAGCUUGUGUUACCAGGCCAUAAAUUAAACUUUAUUGCAUGUGAUUCUGACUACAAAACACAACAAAUUCAUGACAGAAGCAGAAAUUAUGAUUCGGUUGGUUAAUAAUCUACAAUGUAAAAUAUUCUUGUUGGAUUAUAGUUGCAAAACUAAAAUAGAAGUUUGUAAUUUGAGGGUUGAAGAGAGGUGGUAAGCCAUUUGAUUCUGUCAUGAAACUCUCAGAAGCAGCUAGCAGCUACUUCAUUCAUGAAAAGCUGUUUGCUCACCUUUUGGUGAGUUCAAUGGGGCAUUCGCACCAUAUGCAAAGUGAAAGUACUUGUGAAUUCAGCUGCAUUAGCAACUCAAAUAUUAGCCCUUGUUAGCCAACAGGAUGAGGAAAAGUACAGACAAUAGUUGGAAUCAAGAGAAAGAAACAUAUUUUCACACCUUAUCAUGAAGCCCUCUAUGCCCUUUUUAAAAUUUGCAAUCUUUACAUCAGAUAUUUGAAACAGAUGGUUCCAGCUGCGCUCAAUAAAUUUGUCUUCUACGUCUGGAAGCUUCGGGAGAGAAUUCACAGUCAGCGGUUGAAUUCCAUCUAAUGGGUUUUGCCAAAUGCAUUUCAGUUUGCCUGAUUACAGAGACUUUGUGUGUAAUUGCACCUUAUGAAUACUUUUCUUAAAGUUUGGUGAAAUGCAUCAUAACCCUGAUGAUGUCAUCAGGUUUAUCGUAGUUUGGGCUCGUUAAAAACACAUCGUUUGGUGGUGUUAACAAAGAGACACUGUCUGAUACUAAUGGGUAAAGGUUUGAAUCCACGUUGCUUUGAUUCUGAUUUUGUCUCUUUGGAAUUAAAAUAUGUCAGUGUGCCAAAGUCUUGGAGUACCCAGAAAAACCAGAUUGAAGCUUAUUAAGUUCAGUAUGUUUGGGCUGAUCACAUUUUUGCAGACUUCUCCUUCAACAGAAAUAACUCAGUACUGACGUGAAGUUGCUGCCUGUUACUGCUUACACAUAAUGAGACAUUUUGACCUGGGUACUAAAAUGAGAAGACAUUCCAAAUUCAUCUGGGUCUUAGAUUUGACUUCUUGGCUAAGAAGCUGCUUCAUCAGUGACAAAGGAAAAUGUUUAGGGCCAAGCUGAUUCUCUCUGAGCCACUUCAUGUUGUUAAACUGUGAUAAUGACAUUUAUACUACUACAACUGCUAUGUAUACCAACAUGUAUCUAUUAACAAACUGCCAUUCAUUUCUUCAACAAUCUGGAAAUCAUCAGUAGGAUUCAGAGAAUUCUGCAGAUGAUUCUAAGAUAAUAAUGAUGAAGUGUUGUUAAUGAAAGUAUUCUGUAUUAUUUUCUUCUUUUGUAAUGAUGAGGUGUGUGUGUUAGCGUGUGUGGUGAAGGAACGUAAUUUUGUACAGGAUUUGAUUACCUCUGUGUUUUAAUGAUAAUGACAGUGAGCCAUAUUCAGCGUAAAACACCUUUCUUAUCAAGAGGAAAGGGCCAUACCACUGCAGAUUGAAUAUGCUUUGGAUUUUUGGUUUUUGCAUUUACAGAAUCAUUUCUUUUGUAUUCCAGUAGCAAGCUUACUGUCUGUGAGUUUGGGGAGACGUGUUGAGUGCGGACAACAUGACACAAAUGUGAGCAGGAAGCAGGGAGACAUACAUUUUUAAUGUCCUGUAUUAAAAUUUGCACGUUUCUCAAAUUAAAGUGUUGGUUGGACAUGCAGAAAUGACUGCUAAAUAAAAACUAAACUAAGAUUAUUAAAAGUGAUAAAAACAAAACUGUUAAAGAGCUGUGGAAGAUCAGGGCUGCCAGAGAAAAUGUAAAGAAAAUAUCUCUGUUUUUUUGUAUCUGUGACAAACAGACAUGACAAACAAGAGGAGAAUGUUCUGAUUUGCUAACAUUGCACUAACUCACUGGCAGUACAAGUUCAUUUCAAUAAUGACAACCACUCGAGAGCAGUGCAAAUUAGCAGGUCAAAGCUAUAUAUUAAAAUUCACAAGAAGAUCCAAUGAUUUUAAUGAUUCUCUAACAGGAAAGAAAGCGUGCUGGAGUUGCUCAGGCAGGUCAUUCUACAACUGAGGAGUGCAGCAAAUUGUCUUUAAGCGUGAAGUGGGAGCAGCUCCCUGGUUGCUGGUGAGGAGCGCUCGCUGCACUCUGGUUUGUAUGAACAGCAGUUCCAAAAUGCAUUGUGGAGCCAGACAUUCUGAACAGUUUAGAAUCUAUUUAUUGAUUUGUGGUUGAUAUCUGGUAAAAGGUUUUAUAUUUAACGUACUAAAAACUGAAAAUAGAUCUGCAAAAAAUGAAUGAACUAAAAUGGAAUAAAUAAUACAGAAGAAGUAUUAAUAUUUGUUAGUUUGGUCAAAUGAUAUCACAGCUUGCCUGAUGAGACUUUGAUGGAUGUGUUUGCUAAGACUCUAUAAGAGUGAGUCACCACUUUAAAAAUUCUCUGUGUUUUUAUUGUAACACCUAUUUUGAUUUUCUAAAAUCGUGUUUCUGAUAUGUGCCUGGCAUACAAUAAUAAUUAGGAAGACUAAAAUUAAGACCCAGACAAAUAGAAACAAUAAACCCAAAUAUUUUCAAGCAAUUAAGACAAACUGGAAACUAAGUUAGAAUGAAAUAAACGUUAAUUAGAAAAACCCUCAGAUAUAAUAAUUCUGGUUUGUUAAAAGAAUGAAAUAAACGCAUGAAUCAUAAAUGUAAAGAAAGUGAUAUUCCUCAGGUGGUAGAAGCAGGACCGAGUGACCUGAAAAGUCAGAUUAGAAUCAAAUAGGACUGAUGACUCCUAUUCUGUAAAUAUUUAGUUGAAUUUUACUAAAGAAAUUGAAAAUACCUUUAUUUUUAAAAGAGUUUAAAGAGUUGAUCGUCACUGAAUUUUUUUCUCUAUACAGUGUGGCCAAGUAGCAGAAUAUAGAAUUAAAUGGGAAAAGAAAUAAAGAUUUAGCAAUUUCUGUUUUAUGUAUCUUUUUAGUUUUUUAAUAUUAGCAGUUCUGGACAUUCAUUCAACUUUAGAUAUACUGAUGCUGAACAUCUCUGCAACUCCAACCAGUGGCGGAUUUGAGCUCCCUGAUUCUCUGCGUUUUUCCUCAGGAAGGAACGGGAAAGAACAGGUCAUUUUUAAAAUCAGGGUCUCCCAGACAUGUUGAUCUGUUAAUCACAGUCUGUGUGUGUGUGUGUGUGUGUGUGUGUGUGUGUGUGUGUGUGUGUGUGUGUGUGUGCGCGCAUUCAAAAUUUGGAUGUGUAUCAUUUGUAUAUAUAUAAAACCAUGUCGAAGAUACAUUGGAUGCAAGGUCUCUAUAAAGUGCUUCCUGAGUCUCUUGUUUUCUAUGUUGGGCCUUCCCUCUGUACGGUCUGGUAGCCUCAUUGGGUCAUUCUGUAAAUUAACUCUCUACUUAUCCCUGCAACCGAUUUCUGGUGUUUGUACAGAAGAUGAUAAGGGUGUUUCAUAACGCAUGCAGACACAAUAUUAGUACUUACGAAUCUAUAUCUAAGUUGAAAACAUGUAUUUGGUUUAUUUAUGAUCUUAUUUAUUGAUUUUCUAAAAUAUGAAAUUCUGUUGAAGUGGUCUGUCAUGCUCUUAUGAUCUUAUGUUGUAUUGUAGAGAGAUGAUUAUAUGUCCAUAACUAUUGAUCAGCCCAUAAUAAAAUAACUAUUGACUCUU